CUCCAGCUCCAUACACACACCAGCACGGAGCUGCCAAAAAUUUCCACCCUCCACCCCCCUCCCUAGCUAACUUCCUUCCAGCAUUUCCUGAGCUGGAUGAUCCUAGGAUUUGUAAGACAGGAAAAAAAGGAAGGCGUGAGGGCGGGCGAGAGAGACAGGAUGCUUGUUUUUCGUUCUACCAAAGCCGUCUGAAGGCAGGACAGCGCGCGCCGGGCAGAGGACCUACGGCAGCCCCCGGGCUGUCCCCGCGCCCCUGGCCGCCGCCGGCUUCCCCGCGCUCUCGGCCACUCCCGGGCUUCUAGAAGACGGACCGGAGAGCUCGCCCUCCCUCCGAAGCGGAGGAGAACACCCGAAGACACCGCGGGAGCCCGUGAAAGUCCCUGGGACUCCAAGUGAGGAAGUGACACUCCCAGCGCGCCGGCCCGCCGCUGCCAGCUCCACACGGCCUGCGGUACCGCGGCCCUGGAGGAGAGCGCCGUGGAUUUCAGGCUCCGCGCCCGCGCCGGGCUCCGCGCCCCGCGGGCUCCAUGCGCGCUGCCCCGGGCCCAGGCUCUUCCCCACGCCCAUGCGGCCCCCCAGCGCCGCGCCGCAACCACUGAUCUAACCUCCCCCGGAGACCAUCGCAGGCGCGGUGCCAAGCAGCGGGGAGGGGAAGACGGAGGGGCAACCUCUUUGGGACUAACUCAUGAAGAACAAGGGUGCCAAGCAGAAGCUGAAACGAAAGGGAGCCGCCAGCGCCUUUGGCUGUGACCUGACGGAGUAUCUGGAAAGCUCAGGACAGGAUGUUCCAUAUGUAUUGAAGAGCUGUGCAGAAUUUAUAGAGACUCACGGCAUCGUGGAUGGAAUUUAUCGGCUUUCAGGAGUCACCUCAAACAUACAACGGCUAAGGCAAGAGUUUGGCUCAGAUCAAUGUCCAGAUCUGACAAGGGAAGUAUACCUCCAGGACAUCCACUGUGUGGGCUCCCUCUGCAAGCUCUACUUUAGGGAGCUGCCCAACCCCCUCCUGACUUAUGAGCUCUAUGAGAAAUUCACGGAGGCGGUGUCUCAUUGCCCGGACGAAGGCCAACUGGCCCGAAUCCAGAAUGUUAUCCAGGAGCUCCCCCCAUCCCAUUACAGGACCUUGGAAUACCUGAUUCGACACCUGGCCCACAUCGCCUCCUUCAGCAGCAAGACAAACAUGCAUGCCAGGAACCUGGCCCUGGUGUGGGCUCCAAACCUCCUCAGGUCCAAAGAAAUUGAAGCCACUGGUUGCAAUGGAGAUGCAGCCUUCCUUGCAGUUCGGGUCCAGCAGGUGGUGAUUGAAUUCAUACUGAAUCAUGUGGAUCAGAUCUUUAACAACGGUGCACCCGGGUCUCUAGAGAACGAUGAAAACCGGCCGAUCAUGAAGAGCCUGACGUUGCCAGCCCUCUCCCUGCCCAUGAAGUUGGUGAGUCUGGAGGAAGCUCAGGCCCGGAGCUUAGCUACUAAUCACCCUGCCCGGAAGGAAAGGAGAGAGAAUAGCCUGCCUGAGAUUGUCCCUCCCAUGGGCACCCUCUUCCACACUGUCCUUGAGUUACCAGACAACAAAAGAAAGCUCUCCAGUAAAUCAAAGAAGUGGAAAUCAAUAUUUAACCUGGGACGUUCUGGAUCAGACUCUAAAUCAAAGCUGAGUAGAAAUGGGAGUGUAUUUGUGAGAGGACAGAGGCUCUCAGUGGAAAAGGCUACUAUCCGACCAGCUAAAAGCAUGGACUCGCUGUGCUCAGUGCCCGUGGAAGGGAAAGAAACCAAAGGAAAUUUCAAUCGAACAGUCACCACUGGUGGAUUUUUCAUUCCAGCAGCGAAAAUGCACUCGACUAGCACUGGCAGCUCAUGUGACCUCAGCAAGCAAGAGGGCGAAUGGGGCCAGGAGGGGAUGCCGGCGGGGGCCGAGGGGGGCUUUGACGUGAGCAGUGACCGAAGCCAGCUGCAGGGCGCUCAGGCCCGGGCCCCGCCUGAGCAGCUGAAGGUGUUCCGACCCAUCGAGGAUCCCGAGAGCGAGCAAACAGCCCCGAAGAUGCUGGGUAUGUUCUACACCUCAAACGACAGCCCCAGCAAAUCUGUCUUUACCAGCAGCCUCUUCCAGAUGGAGCCCUCUCCCCGUCACCAGCGCAAGGCCCUGAACAUCUCCAAGCCCUUUGCUGUGUCCGUGCCACUCCGUGUGUCAGCUGUCAUCAGCACCAACAGCACCCCAUGCAGAACCCCCCCGAAGGAGCUACAGUCUCUUUCCAGCCUGGAAGAGUUUUCUUUCCAGGGCUCAGAGAGUGGAGAUUGGCCUGAAGAGAAGCCACUGGGAGUUGAGACUUCUGCAGCAUCUGUACCUAAGAAGGCAGCGCUUGAGAAUAUUAAGCCAGGACCAGAUGCAGUGAGAGCACUGGAAUGCAGCAAAGGCCUUCCCCAGGAGCCAGGCGGCCAACCGGAGAAGAAAACCUCAGAACACUCCCUAGGCUCUCGACAUUCAAGUGAAUUAGAGAAGAAGUUGGAUGCAGAGAAGGCGGUGGAGGAGGGUGGAGAGACUGGCCAGGUGGAAUCCAGCGCUCUGCAGGAGAGCCCUGGGGCCAGAGGUGAAGCAGUGUUUCUCCAUGAGAUGGAUGAAGAUGAUCUGGCCAACGCCCUGAUCUGGCCUGAGAUUCAACAAGAGCUGAAAAUUAUUGAAUCUGAGGAGGAACUCUCCUCCUUGCCCCCACCUGCUCUAAAGACCGGCGCGACUCAGCCUAUUCUUGAGUCUAGUCCAGGGCCUUUUGCUUCCCCGGAGCCUCCUGGGAGCCUGCCUUGUGGCUCCGCCCCAGCUCCAGUUUCCGCCCCUCUGGAGGAGUGGACUAAGGAUCCAACCAAUCAGAGCACACAGGGCACUUCCGCAGCAGCCAGUAGAGAGAAGUCGGAGACAACCAGCAUCCUCCAUAGAUCCGAGCCUGAAAAGGGCCAGCGCCCAGACCCUGCCAGCCUGACUCCUCUGGAAAUGGUUCCAUUUGAGAAGUCUCCUCCACAAGCAGCAGCAGAGGUGGGGGGCCCAGGGAAUCUGUCUCCUCUGCUCCUGCCUGUUUCUCCUCCUCCUCCAACUCCUUUGGACGAGGCGCCUCCAGUCCAGCUAUUGAAGGGUGGCCCUGAGAGAGAAGACUCAUCUGGGAAUUUGAGAACAAACCCGUAUAUAGAUCAGCUGAAGUCCAAAGGCAGCCCUGGGAUUCCCAGUCUUUGUCAGGGAGAGGAGGCCUCUUCAGAACAAAGUGAAAAGCAAAAUUCAAAGAAUGCUGCUUCUGAGGGCAAAGGCUCUAGCUUUCCAAGCCCAACCAGGGAGGUUGAGAUUUCUCCACAAGGAGAGGAGGAUGUAGCCCACUUAGUACAGGAGCCCUCAGACGGUGAUGAAGAUGACACUGUGACAGACAUUGCCCAGCAUGGUCUGGAGAUGGUGGAGCCCUGGGAGGAGCCCCAGUGGGUGACAAGUCCCCUGCACUCACCCACCCUUAAAGAUGUACAAGAGGCCCAGAUGCAGGGCCCCCAGGGCCACCGGUUGGAGAAGAGGCUUUCCCACAGGCCCAGCCUUCGCCAGAGCCAUUCUCUAGAUGGCAAAACCACGGUUAAGAGCCAGUGGACUCUUGAGGGUUCCUCCUCCAGCAGCUGUGCUAAUCUUGAAGCAGAGAGGAAUUCCAACCCUCUGCAGCCCUUGGCACCCAGGAGCGAGAUUACUGGAUGGGAUGAGAAAGCCAUGAGGUCCUUUCAAGAGUUCUCUGGCCUGAAAAGGACAGAGGUUCCUCACAACCAGAAGGGACCAGGUGGUUUGCAGCCCAAAUCAGCAGAAUCCAGCCCUGUCAGUCUAGCAGAGGGAAAGGAACUGGGGACACACCUGGGGACACACAACCCUCAAAUUGAGCAAGGUAGUGAUCCUGGGCCAGAAAACAGCAAGGAGAAUUCACCGGGUGUGCAAGACAGCACCUCAACUGGAGAGCAUCCCCCAAAGUUACAGCUGAAGAGCACUGAAUGUGGGCCCCUAAAGGGGAAAAAUAGGCCUUCUUCUCUCAACUUGGACUCUGCCAUUCCCAUCACUGACCUCUUCCGGUUUGAGAAUGUGGCCUCAUUUGGUUCACCUGGAAUGCAGCUCUCUGAGCCAGGAGACCCAAAGAUCACAUGGAUGACCUCAUGUCACUGUAAAGUAGACCCCUGGAGGGUUUACUCCCAGGACUCUCAGGACCUGGACAUUGUUGCUCAUGCCCUGACGGGCCGCCGUAACUCAGCUCCUGUGAGUGUGUCAGCUGUGAGAACCUCCUUCAUGGUCAAAAUGUGCCAGGCCAGGGCAGUCCCAGUCAUUCCACCCAAGAUUCAGUACACCCAGAUCCCACAGCCCCUGCCCUCUCAGAGCUCAGAGGAGAGUGGGGCUCAGCCCCUGGAGAGGAACCAAGAGGAACCCGGCUCAACUGGUGGAACCUCUCAGAAACUUGCCCAAGAUGCUUCUCUCUCCUCCUUGGAAAGCCCAAAGGAAGAGAAACCAAAGCAAGAUACAGGAGCCAUUGAGUCCUUGCCAGUGGAUGCCACUGCAUCUCACAUGUGCGAGGGAUCCACCCUUUCUCCAGAACCAGGGUUAGUUAACCUGCUCUCCACUCAGGAUGCAGUAGUGCAAUGUAGAAAGCGCACAUCAGAGACAGAGCCAUCUGGGGACAACCUUCUUUCUUCAAAAAUAGAGCGACCAUCAGGGGGUUCUAAGCCUUUCCACAGGUCAAGACCAGGAAGACCUCAGAGCCUAAUCUUAUUCAGUCCUCCUUUCCCCAUCAUGGACCACCCGCCCCCCUCAUCUACAGUGACAGAUUCCAAGGUCCUGCUGUCCCCUAUCAGAAGUCCCACCCAGACAAUUUCCCCUGGCCUUCUUUGUGGGGAGUUGGCAGAAAACACAUGGGUCACACCAGAAGGGGUUACACUUAGGAAUAAAAUGACCAUCCCUAAGAAUGGCCAGAGACUGGAGACCUCAACAAGCUGUUUUUACCAGCCCCAGCGGAGAUCAGUGAUUCUGGAUGGCAGAAGUGGGAGGCAAAUAGAAUGACAUCAGUUCAUCUGCUGGUGUCUGAGAAAAUGUCAUGAUUCAUCUGGAAGUUAUUACAGCGGCAACUUGCCUUUAUUCCAGGCAGAGGUUAUCCAAGUUCGGGCUUAUUUUGGCCUCUUCUCUUUCUUCAGCCUUUUGACCAUUUAUUAAUUAGGCCAUUUGCCAGGAGAGAGGUCAAGGGAAGGACCAAGAGAUGACAUUUAAAUAAGCCUAUUUGAGCAGGCAGGGAAAAGUCAGGUUAGGGAAAAGGAUGAAAUGCUGGCCUCCAGUGAUAUUUGGGGCUUAUAAGUUGCAUCACUCCCCCAUUGCCAUUAUCUAGUACUGUUGAGAGCUGGAUGUGAUGUCUUUUGAAAGAAAGAGAAAUCCUUUGCCUGUGUUGGAAAAUGUUGCUAUUGAGGUUUGAAGGCCUCCUAUUUACUUCAUGCUUUUUAAUGCUCUUUAAAGCAUGUGUUCUUUUAGACCAGUUUUCUGAUAAGCUUUGUAAAAGUGUACUAUCCAGAGUAGAAGCAGGUUUGGAAAUGCAAACUAACGUACACUUAGACAUCCAGGUGGGUGAAUAUAGCCGUGCUUGCCCUGGAAUCCCUGCAGAUCUAUCCCAGAUGGCUCCGUAUACCAGCACAGAAAAUCAGAAUCUAUACUCAAGAGCAAACUCUGAGACUGGCACAAUCCAAGAAGACUUUCCGGCUCUGGCUUUUAUUAAUUUGGGACUCCAGCUGCCAUGAUCCUGCCCUGUGAUUUAUAAAUCCAGUAGUCGGGCAGGGUGGGGGCUGAGCUGAGGGUUACCUCAAUGAAAUGUGCUAAAUCUUCAUUUAGUAUGAGAUAGUGAUCUGCUGUCCUUCCAGUAUCAGAGUUCACGAACAGAUGGUCAUCAAAGAGGAAAGCCUCACACAUAGGCAGAACCCUCCAAACAUUAAGUGUUUAAUAAAUUGGUGGGACUUUCACAGAAAACACCUCUAGCUCAGUUUCACUCUCCUUCCACACUAGGCUGGGACCAGAGCACCAGAGAGGAUAAGCGGGGAGCCCUAGGAGGAGCGGGAAGAACCCUUGCAGGGUGGCCAUCACUCCCGCUUGGUGAGAGCUGCCCUUCUUGAAAAUGUAUUUCAUUUUAGCCAGUGGGUACCUUCCUUCCUCCCUCCCCCUCCAUUGGUCAAGAGCAGAUUUGAGACACCCCUCCCCCUUCCAUAAUUCCCUUCAUCCAGCACCCACCCCAGCCACUCAAAUUUGCUCUUCUGUCUAUAUGCAAGCAGAAGCAAUAAACCAAUCUGAUUUUAUUUCAGUUAUUUGGAACUUCAAAUGGUUCUUUCCUUUUCAGCUGGAGAGAGGAAGGAGAAUUAACAUAACCUGCUGGCAGAUUUUUGGUGCUCUUCCAAAAAGGGCUUCACAGGAGCCCUUCGCAAUGCAAAACCCAUCAUGGUAUCAACACUUUCAAACCUUCUAAGACAACUAUCUUGUUUGAGAAACAAAGAAAGAUAGGACCUAUUUUUAGCUCUAUGCACCUCUUUUCAGGUUCAAGGCUGGCUGAACUCUGUCCAGAAGCUCAAUCGCUGCAGACAUUUCUCUAAGAGCUAGCAGUACCUCUGGGCAGACCUCACAACCAAGGCUGGCAAUGGGCUGGGUAGGGGCUGAACUGAAGUUACCUCCUCCAGUGAGAAACUGAAAGCUGAUGUCCUGCAACAGAUACAUAUUCCUCUCUCCCUUCUUCCCUGAGAAGCCUUACAGAGAGUUUUGAAAUCUUGUCCUAUACCUUUUAAGCCAGUGUCUGUGACAGAUAAACGGCAAGCCAGCUGACGAGUUCUGCUCUCAGAGGGCACUGAGUGAGCAAGGGGAGCAGUUAAUAGGCCUUUGGUCAGUGGUUUUUGCAUUGGGUGAGCAGACAUUGGACCAACAGCCAAGGAGAUGUAAACCCGUAAGAAAAGUCCUGAGGUAUAGAUAGCAUUUUUCCCCUAGGCAAGAAAGGUGAAGGAAUAUAGUGGUGCCAGAUGAGGAAAGCCGUGUUUAGGAGAUUUGAAAAGUACAUUUCUGCCUUAUCAGAAAAUGUGGCAGACAGGCUUUAUGUCGAUAUCAGUACACUGUGGUGUCUACAUUUUGAUAAAGACCAUGUUCCAGUUAGGAUGUGAGAGAGGGAGGGAACUGCACUUUGCUUCACCAUCAGAACUCUGAGCCAAGUAAUGAAAUAUUUAAACUAUUUUAUGAUUAUUUAAAAUGUUUGUAACACUUAGAGGAUAUAUUUUUAUUUGAGGAUAGACUGAGAAGCCACCAUUUCCAUAAUAACAAGUGAGUUCAACUGGAGGCACCUAUGUAGAUUGAUUAAAUGACUGCCAUGUUCCUUAGACUCUGACAUCUUUCAUUUGUAGCAUCAUCUUCAGAAGUGUGAGUGUGUGGAUAUCAUCCACAUGUCAUCACACACACACAGUGUGUGUGACAACUGUCUGGAGAUAUUCCCUACUCUGAGCUUUCCCAGCCAAUCAAUCCAGAAGGCCUUGGAAGCUGACUCACCUUCUUGGUCAGUGUCCUGCUGCUAAAGUAUGGACCUCUCCAUAAUCAUAAACUUCCUGUGAGCUGGGGCUAGCCUGGCACUGAUGAAAUUCCGUUCCAUGACAAGGAAAACUCAUUACAUUUUCCCCUUGAAAUUGUUCCCCCCAAAUCUCCUGAGAUUACCUAUUUGGUCAUCCACUUGGGACUGAAAAAUGAACCCCCUGAGAAUGGCUGGAUGAAAACCAGACUGCCUGCUUCCAUCUAGGGGAAGGAGAGAAGAGGUGCUGCUAUUUAUAGGAGGAUCUACAUGGUGCCCUAGAAAGGGCUACAGAAACAAAUUCUCAAAAGGCACCUUCAAAUAAACUAUGAGUCAUCAAAACGGGGGGGGGGGCUGAUUUUAAAUCCUGAAUUUAAAGUGAAAUGCAUGCAUAUUCUAAUGUUUCCUUCAGUGUUAAUGGUUGCCUAAUAAGAUAAUAACCUAUAUUUAUUGGCAAAAUGGCCCUCCCAGGCCAACCUUUUUUUUUUUUUUUUUUUGCCAAAAUGUACCAGGUAGAGGGAAUUUAGUUUUUAUUCUCUGCUUCAAAUGGAAUAUGAAGGGUCCUGAUCAAAAACCCCAUUAAGACACUGUUAGCCUAAUCUAAGCCCUAAAAUUCAAAAUAUUGGCCAAGGCAAAAUUCUGAAUUCUGGGGAGAUUAAAAAUGUAAACAUCCUCCUCCUCAACAGACAAUAUUUAUCAAGAGUUUAGUAAUAUUGCGCUGGGUACCUCAGAACUCUGAAAUUCUUGAAGAGUCUAAUGAAAAAGGGGAGAGGGAUGGUAGCAAAUGAAAUAGCCUAUAAGCAACCAGGAGCAAGAUCUAGAACCAUUAAGUUACCAAAUGAAAGCAGCAGGGGAAAACAGGUAGCAACUUAGCAUCUUUUAAUAUGAUUGCUAAUAGUGUUCAAGUUACCUACUGACUUUAAUCAAAUUAAACACAAUUACAAAUCCAGUAGAAGGUACCAGGAAGACAUUCAGGUGCUGAGAAUUUUGCUUUGAUCACUUAAAAACUUAGCGAGUGGUAACUAAGAAUAAAUAGUUCUGAGGUUUUGCAUGGUCUUAAUUAGUUUGGCUGUGAAGUCUUGUUGGAUCUCGGCAAAUGAGCCAGGUAACAUCAGGGUUCCAUACUCCCUGAGAGGCGGGGGGUUAGACACUUCCAUCAUCACAAAAUGGGUUAACUCCUGUUGAUGAUGAACUCAUAGGUCCAAGAUAAAUUGUUACUUUCAUGUCUAAUGUUUAGCACAUGAUAAUCACAUUUGCCUAAAGUUGGGUGGGCCAGUCGAUUGUCUACACAGGUCUUGUGUUCUGCCUGAAGAGCUACUGGGAAACCUAAGAUUCAUUUGUCUGGGAUUGGAAUGGGAGAGGUUCAGGGUAGGUCCAAUUCCCACCAGGAUUGAUUAGGACUACAUUCUACCAUGACCUGUCCUAUCUGAUGACAACAUGAAUCUUGGGGUUAAAUGUUGCCAGGAGUAUGAUUUCAGGCAUUUCCAGCAGGAAGGUCAGUUCAAAAUGUGGAAUGACAAAGCAUGUGUCCUCCUUUGUCAACACCUUUCCUAGCAAAGUUAGACUAGAAGAGGGAGCAAGCAGCUUGCCAAGCAUGGAGAGGAAUGGGAGAUGGUAGAAGGGUGAUUGCUUAAGAUCAGGGUAAGUCCAUAUAGGAUAAAAUUGGGGCCACCACUGAUCAACUGGCACACAUUUAGUAGCGUUGAAGUUCAUGAGCAAUGCAGGGAUCACUUCUAUGAGGACGAAGGAGGAUGUAGUUACAUAUACGAAACCUAUGAAAUUCAGAGCCAUGUGUUUUACUGGAUGAAUCACAAUGCUUUGCAUUAACUUAAUGCCAUAGUACUUCCUGGCUUAUAAUUCUGUAAGGUAAAGCACUUUCUCAAAGGAGUCUAUUAGAAAGCCACGUGAUUUCAGCUGUUUGUUGAGCUUGACAAAUAUGUUUCCAAAGAUAUAAUCAAAAUGUUCUUCUAUUGAUUAAAAAAGCAUAAAUAUUAAACCUAUCCUUAGAGACAUUUAAGUGUAAUUAAAAGAUUGUUAUCCUUUAAAAAUGUACUCUAAUAAAUGAUAUAAAACAUAAUGCUCAUGACGGCACUAUGAACUAGAGGACAUGGGAUCAGCAAAAUCAAUAAUAGGAAAAGUGGACUUUAUGCAUUCAGGCUCAUUGUUCUACUUUGUUCUGUUUGAUGUCAUUUUUUAUUACUUCAAGGUUUGGUCUCCUCACAGCACAAGUCCUGAUCAUUUGCUUCAGUGAAAUUUUCUUGCUUUGUUAUUUUACAUCUUAAUAAUUGUCAAAUAUUUGCAACUUCACUCUCUAACUGUUGCAAUCAUACAUGUCACCCAAUAUACCCAGUAUAAAUCAAUGGAUGUUGUCAUGAAAAAUGAGAAGGAAAAAAAGCUAUUACUUCUCAAAACUCCACAGCUUAAGGAGUUAUGUGGGUCUACCUGCAAAGAUGUGAACUCAAUUUUUCUAUUUCUUGAAUUAGUCAGGGAGGACUAUUUUUUUCAGUGAUUUUUGUUAAUGGUGCUCUGAGGGAAAAAAAGCAGAAGUUUGCUAUCGUGGCAUAUAUUAUCACAGAAGGGGUCUGGGGGAGGGGAGAGAGGCACUCAAUGAGCUGAAAUGACAGGCCCUUAAAAAAACAAUCAUACAGCCUAGGCUCACAACUUGGUGAUAUUUGCAGUGAAAAAUAUUGUUGCCAAGGGUAUUAAAAUUCUAGCAUUUCAGCAAUAUUCUAUUUAGAACUUUACACCACUCAGGCCUGCUCUUGUUCCUUCAUUGCUGCCAUAAAUGCCUUUUAUCCUAUAUACUCCCAGAUCCCCACACUUCUCUGUUUCUCUGAGUAAGCCUACCACUCUUCCCCCCUGCCAAACUGGCAACACACAGUUCCCCUCACUCCUAAUCUUUCCUCCAGUUCCUCUAGAGUGCUUCUCUCCUUGAAUCUCUUCACUGAAUGUUGCCUCCACUUCUUAGAGUUCAGUAAAAGUUGACACUCACCUGAGGACGCUUCUUUCCCUGCCCAUUUUUCCCACAUUACACAGACUACAAAAAGCCCAGAAAUUUUAUCCAGUUUCCCACUCCUGCUUCUGCACCGUUUCUUCCCAUCUCAUGCAAAAAUCUCAUUACUGAAAUUUAUGGCAUCCAGCGAUUUUACCUUUUCUGUUCUUUGUGGCCAUGAUGUAGUCCGUGUGCCAGAUUUCCCAGUUUUCGGCACCAGACUCUCUACCUCCUGUCCCAUCGUCAUCCUGGAUGACUUCAACAUUCUUGAGGAAAACUCAUCCUACACCCUUGCCACAACUGCUUACGGCUUUUGCCUCUACUGAAUUUUGACCAUCUGCUUCCAGGGGUACACAUCAGGCUGUUUCAUAACCCAGAACUCUAUGAUCCUGAACUCCCAUAUUCUUCUCAGAACUCCUAUCUUUGCUCCUUUAUUCCUUCUACUUGCUCAAGAUCACUAAUGCCCGACCCAGCCCUGCUCUUUCUGAUGGCCAGUACUCCACCAGACUUCAUUCUUCUUCCCCAGCCUUUCCAGACCCCAAGGUGCAUCAUCUCAGCUAUUCUCAUAACUCCCUUGGCUACUAGUCCUUCAGCUAUACCUGCUUGGCAAACCUCCAAACCAGGACCAGGACUCUUACCACCCAUCUUACUACCCUUUUACUGUGUCUAUUGAGUUAGACUACAGAAAAUCGUAAAACCAUGAAGAAAGCCUUUGUAAAUUUAUGGUUUACCACCUCAGCAGUGGCCUCAUUCCCAAAACUCAUAAAGGCUAUUCCCCCUCCCAGAUGGACCACUCCUUUGAAAACAUAAUUACUUCUUACUUAAGUUUAUGCUAUCAGAUACAUUGCCACUUCCCUUAUUCAUACGUGUGUCCCUAAACUCCUUUCUAACUCAGGAGAAGCGCUAUUCCUCUUCCAAACGGCUCCUUCUUCCCAAUUCACUACUCUGAACCAACUGCCACCCGAGCUCCACCCUCACUGCUUCAUUAAACUUCUCUUACUAAAGUUACCAGUGGUCUCACAAUCAAAUCCAACAGUCAAUUCUUAGUCUCCUGACUUACCUUUUAUAUUUGAUACUGUAAUCAUUCCUUUCUUGAAACUCUAAUUCACCUCAUCUCUUGGACUUCCAUUUCCUUAGUGUUGCUCAUUUGAAAGCUUCCUCUUCCUCUGCCCUUAAAUGUUGUUAGUCAUCAGAAUUCUGUCCUUCCUUUUUCACUGUACAUACUUUCCCUACAUUAUCUUAUUCAUGUCCAUGGCUUUUUCUAUCACACAGUGGUGACACCCCACCCCAACUUUUCCCAUUUUCUCUUAUAUGGACUUUUUAAAUAGUUGGCUAAUUGGCCUCCCUGCCAAUUCUCACAUCCUCCCAUUCUCCAAACCUAUCCUACAUAUUGCUGCCAAAGUUACCUAAUACAGGAUAGUGGUUCUCAUCAAAAUCCCCUGGAGUGUGUGUUCAAACAGACCUAGGUAUUCAUCCAGAGUUUCGACUGUUAGGUUUGGGUUAGGGCUUGAAAAUUCCCAUUUCUAACAAGUUCCCAGUUAGGUGAUGCCAAUGCUGCUGGUCCAAAAAUUACACUUCCAGAACCCUUGACCUGCAAACUCUUUGGGUCAUCGUUAAGUCUUCGGCUUAAAAUCUCUCAUUAGAUAGCUUCUGUCUACAAAAGUCCCCAGCCUUCUGUCCACUUAAGAAUUACCUGAAGUACUUGUGAAAAGUAUGUAUUACUGGGCUUCACCCUCAAGAUUCUGACUUAGUAGAUCUGAUGCAGUGCCCAAGGAUCACUCCUUUGACAAUCUGUGACCUACAAGAUAAUAAAAAUCCAAACCACUUAAUGUGGAACUCGAGUCCCUCUGUAAUCUAUUCCUUGCCUAGCUCUUUAGCAUUAUUGAACUAUUAGUUAAAAACUUAGUGCAAGUC